CGCGCUGUCACGCUUUACUACCAAGAGGCACGGAAUUCCAGGGAGGAAGUCACUGAGAUUGGGAAACCAAAGGUGCCAGGAAAAAUAAACUAACGUGGAGCCGAGAAGAAGAAGUCGGAAUACGCUCAGUCGUCAUUGGGAACAGUAGAAACAUCCAAGUUUUCACUAUGGACUAGAGGCGCCGGGUCUCAGCAGAUGGAGGCGGCGAGAAGUUUGGUGUUUGUCGGGGCCGUGCUGCUCGCAGCGACGGGCGCGUUGGGCAGAGAAGUAUGCCUGGGUACGGACAUGAAGCUGGCCCUGCCCUCCAGCCUGGAAAACCACUACGAAACCCUGAAGCUGCUCUACACCGGCUGCCAGGUCGUACACGGCAACCUGGAGAUCACACACCUUCAUGGAAACCCUGACCUCUCCUUCUUAGAGGGGAUUGUGGAGGUACAGGGCUAUGUACUUGUAGCUCAUGUGUCUGUGAGUCUGUUACCUUUGGACAACCUUCGGAUCAUAAGAGGCAGCCAGCUGUACAACACCAGCUAUGCCCUGGCUGUACUGGAUAACACGCUGAACGGACAGGGACUCAGGACACUCCGGCUUCGUAGCCUCACAGAGAUCCUGUUAGGGGUGGUGUAUAUUUGGGGGAACCCCCAGCUGUGCUUCCCAGACCCCCAUAACAUGGUUUGGAGGGACACGUUGGACGAGUUGAACGCCCACGCCAGGGAGCACCGACUGCAGCCUCGCGCCCCAAAAUGUCCUAAUUGUGCCCCUGAAUGUGGGAAAAGUUGCUGGGGAGAAACUGCACAAGACUGCCAGACCUUGACUCGUAUUAAAUGUGCGUCUGGCUGUCAGCGGUGUAAAGGUCACCUUCCCAGUGACUGCUGUCACAUGCAGUGUGCUGCAGGAUGCACAGGACCCAAAGACUCAGACUGUCUGGCUUGCCGUCACUUUAAUGACAGCGGAGUGUGUAAGGAGAACUGUCCUCCACCCACCAUCUACAACAGCGUCACCUUUCAGACCAUGAUCAACCCAGACAAGAAGUUCAACUUUGGUGCAACCUGCAUCGACACGUGUCCCUAUAACUAUCUGGAUAUGGAAACGGCUUGUACUUUGGUCUGUCCCAAAGACAACCAGGAAGUUAUCAUCACCAACCCUGAAGGAGACGAGAUGCAGAAAUGUGAAAAGUGUGAAGGAGGCUGUCCCGAAGUGUGUUAUGGUCUGGGUAUGGACAACCUCGGCGUCAUGGACAACCAUGGCAUCACCAUGGUAACAUCUUCUAAUGUGAAUGAGUUCAACAAGUGUACGAAGAUUUUUGGCAGCCUGGCCUUUCUUCCUCAGAGCUUUGAAAGGGACCCAGCGACCAACACAUCAGGUCUGACCCUCGAGCAGCUGAGCACCUUCAGAAAACUGGAGGAGAUUACAGGUUAUUUGUACAUUGAUGCCUGGCCAAAAGAAUGGACGGACUUGAGUGUGUUUGAGAAUCUGAAGGUGAUCAGAGGCAGGAUGCUCUACAAGGGUGUGUUUUCAUUGGCCAUCCAGAAUCUACACAUCCGGUCUCUUGGGUUGCGUUCACUACGCAGCGUCAGUGGAGGUUUGGUCCUGUUGCACAACAACUCCCAGCUGUGCUACACCAACUCAGUGCCCUGGGAGAGUCUCGUCCAUCCCACUCAAGGACCCCACCGCAUCGUCAACCACAACCAGGAUGCCAAACUCUGUGAGGAAGAGGGGCGUGUUUGUCACCGGCUGUGCGAGGGGGGCUGCUGGGGCCCGGGGCCCAGCCAGUGUGUGUCCUGUAAAGGUUUCCAACGCAGCACUGAGUGUGUGGACCAGUGUGAUAUCUAUCAGGGGUCUCCCCGUGAAUACACGGACGGAUCUAUGUGUGUUUCCUGUCACUCAGAGUGUAAACCUCUCAACGACUCUGCCUCCUGUCAUGGCCCAGGUGCAGAUCAUUGUUCAGAGUGUAAACACUACCAGGACGGUGAGUUUUGUGUGGAAAGUUGUCCCCGCGGUGUGAAGGAGGAUCAGCAAACUGUGUGGAAGUACAGCAACGCUACACAUCACUGUCUGCCCUGCAACACCAACUGCACGCUGUCCUGCACUGUGAUGGAUGACAGAGGCUGCCCCAUCGACACCAGGACGGGACCGGGUACAACCAUCGCAGCUGCAGUGGGCGGGGUGGUGCUCUUCUUCAUCCUGCUGGCUCUGCUGGUUUUCUACCUGAGGAGACAGAAGAAGCUCCGGAGGAAGGAGACGAUGAGGAGGAUCCUGCAAGAACAUGAGCUGGUGGAGCCUUUAACACCUAGCGGAGCGUCACCCAAUCAGGCUCAGAUGCGAAUCCUGAAAGAGACGGAGUUGAAAAAACUCAGGGUGCUGGGUGCAGGCGCCUUCGGUACUGUUUAUAAGGGAGUGUGGGCUCCCGAUGGGGAAAAUGUGAAAAUACCAGUGGCCAUCAAGGUGUUACGAGAGAACACGUCACCUAAGGCCAAUAAAGAGAUCCUUGAUGAGGCCUAUGUGAUGGCAGGAGUGGCCAGCCCCUACGUGUGCCGUCUGCUGGGGAUUUGUCUGACCUCCACGGUGCAGCUGGUCACUCAGCUGAUGCCGUACGGCUGCCUCCUCGACUAUGUCAGGGAGAACAAAGACCGCAUCGGAUCCCAGUUCCUCCUCAACUGGUGUGUCCAGAUCGCAAAGGGGAUGAGUUAUCUGGAAGAAGUUCGGCUGGUUCACAGAGAUUUGGCUGCCCGCAAUGUUCUGGUCAAGAACCCGAACCACGUGAAGAUCACCGACUUCGGCCUGGCUCGCCUGCUCGAUAUAGACGAGACUGAAUAUCACGCUGAUGGAGGGAAGGUGCCGAUUAAAUGGAUGGCCCUGGAGUCUAUACUGCACAGGAAGUUCACUCAUCAGAGUGAUGUCUGGAGCUACGGCGUGACGGUCUGGGAGCUGAUGACGUUUGGUGCUAAACCCUACGACAUGAUCCCAGCCCGAGAAAUCCCAGAUGUUUUAGAGGGAGGAGAACGACUUCCCCAGCCCCUCAUCUGUACCAUCGACGUCUACAUGAUCAUGGUCAAAUGUUGGAUGAUUGACCCAGACAGCCGGCCGAGGUUCAAAGAUCUUGUGAAUGAUUUCAGUGCCAUGGCCAGAGAUCCGCCUCGCUACGUAGUCAUUCAGAAUGACGAGCAGAUGAGCAUGUCGAGUCCAGUGGACAGCCAGUUCUUCCGGAUGCUUCUCGAGGAGGAAGGGAACAACAUGAGGGAGCUGCUGGAUGCUGAGGAGUAUCUGGUGCCGCAGCCAAACAUCUUCCCCAGGACGCAGGGAGACGGGACUCAAGCCAACGGGUCUUCCAGACACCAGUCGUACAGGCAGAGCAGAGAUCAGGGCUUAGAUGUGGAGCCAUCCAUCACCGGCGGCCCUCGGAGCAUGUACUCGUCCCUGAGCACUCUGGGCCGCAGCCAGUACCCUACGUUACCUUUAGGAGCCAGCACCUCCAACGGCAUAUGGAUCCCUCAGUACCCGACGCUGGCUCGCAGCACCUCGGCCGGCGGCCAGUCUGACUCCGUCUUCCUGGAUGGGCCUCCAGACGAUUCGCUGCCCCCAGCCAGCCCCGGCCGCUACUGCAAAGACCCCACAUACUCCAACGGGAGCCAGGGUGACCUGGAGGUGGACGGGCCAAAUGGCUUUCAUCCUGCUCAUCACCUUCAUCACUCACUGCCCAGACGGACUCAUGGGUAUAAUCAUAAUCAUGCCUUGCCAGAGUACGUCAACCAGGAGAUUCAGGAUCUCAGGCCGGGGGUCCCGGAGCGCCCGACCACGCUGCCUCGCAAGGGCUCCCGAGUAGAGCGACGCCUCCCUAACGGCUUGAGCUCCGGUCACAGCGUGGAAAACCCGGUAUAUUUGGUCCCCGGGAAUGCUGUGAACGCCACCUCUCCAGCCUUCGAUAACCCGUACUACCUGGACCUCGUGGCCAAAGCCAGCGCUGUGGCAGGAGCGGGGGAUGGCCCCGAGGCUCUGGAGAGAGACAGCGGAGCUCCCAGGCACGUGAACGGGUUUCUGACCCCGACGGCGGAGAAUCCGGAGUAUCUGGGACUAGCGGACACGUGGAGCGGAUAUACUUGAGGAGAGGGAGUGGGCGUAAUGUGAUGAACUCAAGAGGAGUCACAGCUCGUGUCCUGCUGAGGAAACGAGGAGCGAGAGAAAGGGAAGAUGAAUAUUUGUGUGACAGAAACGAGCUGAGUGUGUAAUUGAUAUUGGGGAAAGUACGUGCAUGUGGAACUGAAUCUGCACCUGAAUCCAAACCGGUUAAGGUUGUGACACACAGUGUAGCAUUAAUCUGGUGUCUGUGGCAUCAUUUGUAUUCCUGACUUCCUCUCUCACAAUCUGUGCUCUCUAUGUGACUGUUAAGUGCCUAAAAAAAGGAGUUCACUCAGCCUCUUUGUGUACUCGAUAAGCAAAGGAGUUCACAUUUGUCUAAACCCAUCAUGGUACGAGAAGAGUCUUGAUUAUCACAGAAUCCGACAUUUGACUGGAUUAAUGAAUGUUGAGUGAAUGAGGUUGUGAAGCAUUUUGUCGUAUUUCCUUCAGUUCCCUCAUGCUAUAUGUUAUUCCAUAUGCUACUCAGCCCAGCUAAAAAGAGAGAAAGCUUUGACAGAGUGAGCCGUGAUAUGCAUCGAAGGCGGUGUUUAGUAUUCUGGUCACUUUGUCUCUGACCUGAUGGGGGUCUUCAACACACUCAAAGCCAUUUUGUUUUGGCCAGAGAAGGCCCAGCAGCCCAUCUGGCCUGUAACCAUGCUCCCUGAAAGAAAGGCAUCCUGUAUGGAGAAGACAGAGGCAUUGUGCCACACUGAUGUAUGUGCUUGUUAGUGUCUUGGCUGCAGCUACUACUGUGGUACGACGGAUGAGAUACGAGGUGCUUGCAGACUUUUUAAGCUGCAAAAAUCUAAAAAAAAAAAAAAAAAAUACAGAGAGAGAAAAAAGACUAAAGUGUACUAAGUAAGAGAUAACUUUUCAGGGAUUUUUGAUUUUGCAAUAAUUAGAGAAUAUUUUGUGCAUUUUGAGUUAUGCACAAUGCACUACAUGGUAGGAUGCUGCACAUGUCCCCCAGGCUUGUGUUAUCACAAUGAGCCUUUUGGUUUUGGUGGCCUUUCACUGUGCAAGAAAAGCACUACAAGCUAUUGGUGAGUAUAUUUCACAAGAAGUGAAGAAUUGUUUCUACAUGUUUAUACCCUCAACGGAGCUAAAAAGCAGUUCAGCUGUUUGUGUUUUUGUGUAAAAGUGGGAAAUGCAUUCGACACUGGAGCUGAGUGUGAAAAACAUCGCUGCACUCGGUUUGGAUAAUCAAUGCAUGGCUCAAAUUCCUCUCAGUGAGAACACACAGACAUCCCAGUUAAUAAUCAACAGAUUUUUUUUUUUUUGAAGAGUGCUUUUUUCAUGUUAACUGGUGUUGGGGCUGCCGGGGGAGGUCAAAGCCCGAGUCAAUAGAGCCAUUGUCCGACUCUCAUGUCCAUGUUGGAAAGUCAGAGCUCGUCCAACUCGCACGUCCCGACGACUGAUGUUGUCACAGGUUUGAAAAGAGUCAAACAGAGUUUUCUUCUGCAGAGGUUUUGGAGCUCGUCCGCAGAAUGUGGUUCAGUGUUUGCAGCUCGAAAUCCUCAAAACAAGUCUUGAAACAGUUGACUGGGUUGUUGAAAUGUCUCCAUCAACACAUCAGUUUUACUCUGAAAGUCUUUUAUCUUGAUGUUCUCAUACGGGUUUUGAAGAGUUUUGUUCCAGAAAAAAAAAAAGGAUCUUUAAAAAUGAAACGAUUUCUUACAUAACAAUAACAUGUUUUUAUAAAAACAUAAGAUUUUUAUUUUAAUACCCUCAACUAUCGUAUACUAAUGUUGUUUAGAAUUGAAUUAUUAUGAGUGAUAAGUUUAGAUAACUGUUUUUUUUUUCAUGUUCAUAUAUGAUAGAUAUACAGUAACAUUUUGAAAUGAAACCCUUCAUAUGUGUUGUUGCUGUCAGCUGAAGACCUCAUAUCUCCACAAAAACAGACUUCAGACUAAAAUGAGUUCUUACAUUAUUUCUUUUAAAAGAGGUUAAUGGACGUAGAAUUUUCUCAAACCAGAGAAGAUUGUAAUCCUUAAAAGGAAAUUUAAAAUUGCUUCUUACAGGUGCAUCUCAAUACAUUAGAAUAUCAUUGAUCAUUUUUCAGUAGUUCAAAUAGCCCCAACCAAGUAUUGAGUCAUAUAGAUUGACAAACUUUUCAGAGGCCAACAUUUCCAUAUUAAACAAUUUUUUUUAAAUUGGCCUUUUGUAAUAUUCAAAUUUUUUUGAGACACUAAAUUUUAGUUCUUCAUUAAAUGUAAGCCAUAAUCAUUAUAAUUAGAAGAAGGAUAAAUUAAGACAUGAAAUGUCUGUGUGUAAUGGAUCUAUAUAAUGUGUUAUUUCCACUUCUUGAUUUGAAUUACUGACAUAAAUCAACUUUUCUAUGAUAUUCUAAUUUAUUGAGAUGCACCUGUAUAUUACCCAAUAACGCCACUGAAUCCUUAAAGGCACAAUGAGUAGGAUUUUUUCUGUUGCAGUUCGUAAACACAACAUUUAAAGUUUGCUCCUCCAGCGAGUUAAAGCAUAUACGGCGUAGAUUUGGAACAAGCUUUUCCGGUGCUGUGUCCUCUUUUUCCUAAACUUACAAUCUCUCACUUGGUUGCUAAAUUUUAACAUAGUCCAGCCAUUGAAAAUGUCCCAAACGGGAAAGUGGAAAAGAGAAAAUACAGUCCGAGGGCAGAAUCUCUGCAGAUAUUACAUUACAUUACAUGUCAUUUAGCAGACGCUUUUGUCCAAAGUGACUUACAAUAAGUGCAUUCAACCUGAAGGUACUAGACAUAGACCACAGGAAUUAAGUAAGUACAUAACUUUAAGAGCUAACUGUCAUCGCUACAGGAGUGCUAUAUGUUAAAGAAGAAAAGAAUAGAAAAGAAGAAGAAGAAGAGCAAUUUAUUUUUUUUAAAAUAUAUAUAUGUGUUAGGUGACCAUGGCUUAACCGAGGUAUUGUUGGAAGAGGAAGGUCUUCAGCCUGCGGCGGAAGAUGUAGAUACCGACCCCGCCACACACUUCUAAUAGCUUAUUGGGAUUAUUUUUGUAUGCAAUCCUACUCAUCGUGCCUUUAAGAUUUCCAUGUUAUAAUUUUAAGUAAUAACCUGUGGAAAUGUGGGGAUUUGCAGGUGCUACAGAAAUGCUCACAGAUUCCUGCUUCCUUCAGAAUGUGAUGUUUCUCCUGGAUAUUAUGAGACGCCUCAUACAAUCACAAUUAAUGUACUGGUGUUUACACUGUAGCGUCUUUCUGUAUAAAAUGUAUUCUAGAUGUCUCAUGUAGCCGACACAUGAUCCAGGAGAUAAGGGGCUGGUCUACCUGCUGUCCUUGUUUUAAAACAAUGUGUGUCUUUUCUCUGGUUUAUUUCAAUAUAAAACUAUUCAGAUGUACUAAAAGCAGUUCAGAGCCCGAGGACUGGCACCAGUCAUGGUCUGGUGGCUUGUUUGUUUGUGGUAACGUUAAAUAUUCCUGCCCGUCUUCCUGUUGGAAAAAAUGCUGAAUCAUGAUCAGCCUAUUGAUUGGAAAGCUUCAAAUAAAUGCGUGUUUGCCCCUUUUUAAAUUGUGAGAUUGAUCGGAAGUGAAAGCUGAAUGAAAAUGCAGAGUUUUUUAUACGUUUAGUUAAAAAGUCUCAAAUGUGACCGAAGCGAAAAACACUGCAUGUUUCAUCCAGGAGCCCAAGAAGAAGGAACAGUUAACGAAUAACAGGAGUGUGCUGAAUGUUUUAUAAAAAUUAAAUAUCUGUAAUUUACAUCCUGAAGAAAAUGUAUCUUUUGUACUUUUUCAUGUGAAUAUUUUUUUUACCCACAACAGUUAAAAUUGUGAUCGGACAUGAAUAAUAACCAUUUUAUUGGGAGGGUUUUUUUAUGCAUUCUUUUUUUAUUUGGUCAGUAAGUCCCAUAAUGUAAAUGUGUAGUAUAUAUAAAUAAAAACAAUCACUUUGGUAGCUAAUUUGAUUGAAUACAUUGUGACCAGUUGCUCUACUGUGGAGGGAGAGGGGAGUAAAUACAUAAGAAAAUAUUUUAUGAAGAAAUGGUCAUUUUAUAUGGAAUUGUUUGAAUACAAUGUGUGUGUCAUUAAAAACUUCAAACACUUCAA